CUGCGGCAAAUAUUGACCAAUAGUAGUUCGGGUAUUUUGUUCCCGCGGUUCCUGCUCGUUCCAUUCGAUUCGGCUAGACGUGAGGUUAGAACCUUCCAAAAUCUAUUACUAAAAUAAUAAGACCGUGGAAAAGGACAAAGUGCGACUAAUUUAUGAAAAUGGAGAACGAAGAAAACAGAAUCGAUGAUGUAGAAUCGCACGAGGGCGUCGGAGAAGACGCGCAGGAGGAGGAUUCUCUUCAGGAAGAGACCGAAGGCAAUGCCGAGGAGCAAAAAGAGAAAUUACUGAGAUUCCCUUUAGGUAGGAUAAAGUCGCUGAUUAAAAUGGAUCCCGAGGUUAAUAUGGUUAAUCAAGAAGCAGUUUUCUUGAUUUCCAAGGCUGCGGAACUGUUUAUCGAUUCUCUCGUUAAAGAGUCGUAUAAAUACACGGCACAGAUGAAAAAGAAAUUGAUACAAAAAAGAGACAUUGCCAAUGCGAUUGACAACGUCGAUUCGCUUGUAUUUUUAGAGGGGAUGCUAGAUUGAACUCACGUUUAUAUUUAAUUAUUUUUGUAUUUUUAUAUAAAACGCAUUGAGAAGAAA